AUGACCAAAAGUCCAUUGCAAAGUGUAGGAUGUAGUAACAAAAGUGUAUCUCGUAGAAGACCAGUUUUAAAUAAAUCAGCAUCACAGACUCUUCUAGAAACUAGAAUUGCUUCAUUUAAUUCAACGAGUAUUGAAGUGAAAAGAAUAAAUUACAAAUGGAGAGACUACAGUUUUAAAAAAAAACAAGAACAGAAGUUGAAGGUGGAAGAAGAGAAGUUGAAACCGGAAGAGAUGAGAACUAAAUUGCUCAAAAUACAAAUAGAAAGAGAAACCGGUGUACAAUGGAUUUUUACUGGUAACGAUGAAACGAAGUAA